GGCGGGGUCUCGUAGCAUCAUCGCUCUCAAUUCAUUGUAAGGCUGCUGAUGCUGAUCAGCAGCGGAGGAAAAACCAAGGGCCAUGGAGACGGGUAUAAAAACCUUAGGCCUUAAUACAUUGUGGAGAUUAAUUACACGCUCUUCUGUCUACUAAGAUCAUGAGGAAGAGGAAGAACUGGAAACCACAGGAGGGCCUCUGUUCGUUUCUAUGAAGUCUCAAUGAAAGCAUUGGAGCAGCUGUAAUAUUUGACUCAAUGGCAAAGAAGGGACGCACCAAGGGCGAGAAGCCCGAAGCGCUCAUCUCUGCUUUACAGGCAGCUAACGAAGAUCUCAGGUCCAAACUGACUGACAUUCAAAUAGAACUUCAUCAAGAGAAAUGCAAGGUGAGUAAAUUGGAGCGUGAGAAGGUGCAGGAGUGCAAGCGCAUCCGGGAGCAGGAGCAGCACCGGCACACGGCCACGCUGACAGAGCAGCGAGCCAAAUGGCACGAGGAGAAGCAGAAGGAGCUCCAGGCGCUCAGAGAGAACCUGGUCCGCCAGCACGAGCAGGAACAGGCCCGCACCGCCAAGAUCAAGGACCAAGAGAACCAGCGGCUCAAGGCGGCACUGAGCGCCAUGCGGGACGGCAGCGGAGAGAAGGUGCGCACAGCAUUGACCCUGGAGGCCAAAGAAGAGGCGCGGCGCUUCUUCGACGUGGAGAGGGUCAAGCUGCUGCAGGAGAUCUCCGAGCUCAAGCAGACCAAGAAGCAGACAGACGAGGCGCUCAGCACCAUGAUCCAAGCAGAUAAGAUGAAGGCUGGGGACCUGCGCUCCGAGCACCAGAUUCACCAAGAGCAGAUUUCCAAGAUCAAGUGGGACAGCGAGAGGGACAUCCGCAGACUGGUGGAUGAGAUCAAGUCUAAAGAGCGCACCAUCUUCUCUCUGGAGAAGGAGUUGGAGAAUGCCAUUGGCCUGCUGCAGAAGCUGCAGAUGCAGAAGGAUGCCCUGGACGACCAGCUGUUCCUGGUCAAGGAGGCAGAGUGUAACCUGGGUAGCCCCAAGAGAGAGAUCCCUGGACGGGCUGGGGACGGGGCAGAACACUGUGGCAGCCCGGUACGACAUAGAAAGGCAGAGGGGAACUUGGAAAUGGACAUGCGCAGGAACCAGAGGCGCAUGGCUGACCUCAACUCCACCAUCCGCAAGCUGGAGGACCGCAACUCACUGCUGGUGGAUGAGAGGAAUGAACUGCUGAAGCGUGUGCGGGAGUCUGAGAAGCAGUGCAAGCCCAUGCUGGAAAAGAACAAGGUGCUGAAUAAGAGGAAUGAUGACCUCAGCCAGACCCUGCAGCGCAUGGAAGAGAAACUCAAAGGCCUGGCCAAGGAGAACCUGGAGAUGAAGGAGAAGAUCAGCUCCCACCUGCCACUGAAGAAAGCCAACUGUAAGUCUCUGAAUGAUCUGGACCAGGCGCAUGAUGACCAGGAGAUUGAGUUCCUCAAGCUGCAGGUGCUGGAGCAACAAAGCAUGAUCGACGAGCUGACAAGAGAUAGGGAAAAACUAUUGCGGAAGAAGAGGCAUAAACGAAGCAACAGACCAAUAAAGAGACACAUUGUAGUGGACACCUUCUUUGGAUACGAUGAGGAAUCCAUGGACUCAGAGACGUCCUCCGUGGCUUCGUUUCGCAUGGACCGCACUCCAGCCACUCCUGAUGAAGACCUGGAUGAGGGACUGGUCAAUGAGGAGUCGGAGCUGCGCUUCAGGCAGCUGACCAGAGAGUACCAGGCCUUACAGAGGGCAUAUGCCCUGCUGCAGGAACAUCAAGGGGGCCUUCUGGACGCUGAGAUAGAAGCUAAGGCUCAGGAGCAGCUACAUGCAGACAUUCUCAGGUACAAGGCCAAGAUAGAAGACCUGGAGAAGGAGCUCGCCCACAAAGGACAGGACUCCAAGUGGGUAGAGGAGAAACAGCUGUUCUUCAGGAGGAAUCAGGAGCUGCUGGAAAAGGUGGAGAAGUUAGAUGCAAAAUGUGGUCGACAGCAACAGGAGCUGCAAGACUCCAAGGACCAGAAUGAGCUCUUGGAAUUCAGAAUACUGGAACUAGAGGAGCGUGAGCGAAAGUCCCCUCCGUUUAAUCAUCUCCGCAUGCAUCCGUUCUCCGAGGGUGUCAGCGCCCUACAGAUCUACUGUAUGAAGGAAGGAGUGAAGGAUGUCUGUGUACCUGACCUGAUCAAGCUCCUAGACAUUCUGGGUGAUAAUGGGAACUUGCGAAAUGAGGAGCAAGUGGCCAUUAUUCAAGCUAGCACUGUCCUCUCUCUUGCUGAAAAGUGGAUACAACAGAUUGAGGGAACAGAGGCAGCGCUGCACCAGAAGAUGAUUGACCUGGAACUCGAGAUGGAGAUGUUCUGUAAGCAGAAAGGCUAUCUGGAGGAGGAGCUGGACUACAGGAAGUCAGCCCUGGAUCAGGCCUACACGCAAAUCCAGGAGCUGGAGGCUACUCUCUACAACGCGCUGCAGCAGGACAAGGUGAUCGGGUACGGCGAGCCUCUGAGUGACAUGCAGAAGGACGAGCUACGUACAUCUGUGGAGAAGCUACGCAGACAGAUGCUGAGGAAGAGCAGAGAGUUCGACUGUCAGGUUCUGGCUGAGAGGAUGGAGCUGCUCCACCAGGCCCAUCAGAGAAUCCGAGACCUGGAGGAUAAGACAGACAUUCAGAGGAGACAGAUUAAGGAUCUGGAGGAGAAGACAGCGUGGAAACCUGGAGAUUGUGUUAGUGACUGCAGUGGGUUUUAUUUUGGGGAGAAGAGAGUCGACUUUGUGACUCAUAUUGUAACAGUGAGUGGAUAUGGAACUGUUGUGUGUUGGACAUGGCUGGGAAUUCACACCUGUUUGAUUUGGGACCUCACUCUGGGGAUAUACAUAAUGUAUGCUGCACUGCACUGGACUGAUCCUUGGACCAUGGAACUUCUCUCAACUCAGUGGGAUAACUGGAACAGAACCCUCAGUCGGAAAACACACACACACAUACACACACACACACACACACACACACACACACACACACACACACACACACACACACACACACACACACACACACACACACACACACACACACACACACACACACACACACACACACACACACACACACACACACACACACACACACACACACACACACACACACGUGUAAACAGUCAUAUACACUGUACACGCUGAUACAAACAUACUGGAAACACACACACGCAUGCACACACAUACAUCAACCCACUUUUAAAGACAAAGGAAACCAAAGUCUAGGAGAUCUUAUCUCUGCCAUGCAGGGGAACGCUACACCAUCCAUCUACUCCAAGACUACACCCUGGCUACAUACCGGCUACCCCCAGAGUAACCCCCAGACUAACCCCAGACUACCCCCCAGAGUACCCCCCGACUACCCUAGCCUACCUCCAGAGUACCCCGACUACCCCAGAGUACCCCCUUGACUACCCCCAGAGUACCCUCCGACUACCCCCAGACUACACACAGAAGAGGACAGGAAAGACUGCUGUAGGCUACAUCAACAGGCCUCAACAGACCACAGUUCUUCCAACUCUCUCCCUCUCCUCUCUCUCUUAUAAACCUGAUCGGGCGCUCUUAUGUGUGAAUGCACCUCUUCACAGGAGUGACGAGACAUGAUCAGGGCCUGUGAGUGUGGUGACUGACUGAUCUGAUGGUGACUGAAUGACUGAUCUGACGGUGACUGUCUGAUCUGAUGGUGACGGACUGACUGACUGUUCUGAUGGUGACUGUUCUGAUGGGGACUGACUGACUGUUCUGAUGGUGACUGUUCUGAUGGGGACUGAUUGACUGUUCUGAUGGGGACAGACUGACUGUUCUGAUGGUGACGGACUGACUGUUCUGAAGGGGACUGACUGACUGUUCUGAUGGUGACUGUUCUGAUGGUGACUGACUGACUGUUCUGAUGGUGACUGUUCUGACGGGGACUGACUGACUGUUCUGAUGGUGACUGUUCUGAUGGUGACUGAUUGACUGUUCUGAUGGUGACUGACUGACUGUUCUGAUGGUGACUGUUCUGACGGGGACUGACUGACUGUUCUGAUGGUGACUGUUCUGAUGGUGACUGACUGACUGUUCUGAUGGUGACUGUUCUGACGGGGACUGACUGACUGUUCUGAUGGUGACUGUUCUGAUGGUGACUGAU